AUGAAACAAAACCAACCCACCUCAUCUUCACGUCAUCGCCGUACGACAAGGGAACUCCCAGCCUGGUACCGUCGUUUAGUCAUCCUUACCAUCACAGAGGACCGUGAUGUUGAACCCUGGGACUUUGACGAAGACAUAUCAGAGUUAGGAGAGGAUGAAGGCAACGAAUCCGAUGGCUCAGAUGUCGAAUGUACAUGUGACGAUGAGGACGACUGCGAAUGCUACCUCUCAGGUGAUGACGAGGAAUCAGAACAUUCACCGAAAGAUGCAGCACAGCAGCAGGAAGAGCGAAAUUCCACUCGGGAGGAUGAGAGUCGCAAGGAACAAAUAGUCUACGCAGCCUAUGAGGCCAUGCUGGAGGCUGAGAAAGGGGGAGACAGCCCUAGGCUUGUCUUGUAUCGCGAUUAA